AUGGAUUCAUUCUACGAACAAGAAAUCCAGGACUAUCCUGAGUCCAUUCCCUCGCUUCCUGUUGUGCGUAGCGCAGAGAUGCCUAUGCUAUGGGACGAGGAACAUCAAAGGUUGAUUGACUCUUGUGUAAAGAGUAAAUCCCUUUACGAGAUGUACCUACAGCUGCCCGUACUAGCUGCUGCCCUCGAGGAUAAUCAGACCUUGAAGGACAACAACUUUUCUGUGGCUCAUACAGUCAACGCGCUGAACCGCGCUGACUGGUCGAUGCUUGAACUUUUGCAUAGCAUGGAUCACGAUGUCGUGCAAAGCAUAGUCAAGAAUACAUUUGCCUAUGACAUGAUACAAGGGAAUAUCCGUUGUUUCCCAAUGCCUCGACGGGCUUCCGACGUGAUUCCUGGCGUUUAUGUCAUUGGGUUAAGCAUCGAUGGACAAAACGGUCGAUUUCUCAACAUCAAAGAGAUGGAGACCGUUGUCGAGGAGAUGAAAGAGUAUGUAGCUGGAUACAAAGCGCAUAUUAAAUAUCAGUCUGCCCCAACAUCCCUGUCAAGGGACGAAGCGCAUGCACGUCGUCAUAUAAAUCAUGUUGACGGGUUCGCUGGGGGGGCUAUGAAAAAGGACGACCCCGCCUUCAUCAAGAAGGAGGAAGAGAUGCCGAGCAUCGAGGCUCUGAUCAAGACAUUCGAAAAGAUGUGUGAUAGGUCUAUAGACAGUACUGGGCUCAUACGGAUGCACCAGAGUCCUCUGUACGUGGGCUGCUCCAAGCAUCUAUUCAGUCGCACGUCGGUUUAUGGUCAUGAGAGUGUUAGACAUAUCAAUAAACCUCUUGGCCUUACCAUUAGUAUACUAAGAAAGCUUGGACAUAGAGUUCAGCUGACUAUCGGUAACGUCGUGCGAGUUUGGAAGGCUGACCAGCUGCCAAAAGCAGAGCAGCUGGUUACUACUCUUGCAGGAUCCCUUGUGUAUCAACAUGGGUUCAAUGCAACUGAAGCGGGAGGGACCGGUUAUGGGACUAUCACCGAUGAAGAAGGUCUGAGGACUAAUACCGCCUAUCUCAUCUCAGGUGUCAAGAUUAUAACUUCAAAUCUGCGUGAUAGUCUCCAGGAGAUCGGUCUCCGCCAAAGAUACAUUGAGGACAUGAACCGUAUUCAUGUUCAAAUUGUCAAAAGCAAGGAGUGGCUCCAUGACUGCAACAAGUUGCUGGAAAGUCUGCCGCCCAAUUUCCAAUGGGGUGAGCAGAUAACAGAACUCGAGGCAGUUGCUGAUGAACACAAACGAAUUCUGGAGGAUUUGAAGGAAGCUCGAAAGUUCUGGAAUCUUAUACUCCAGAUUCAAAAUAUCGUUUAUGAAGAGACUGGUCGAGGGCUACCCCCACCCUAUGAAUAUGAAUCCUAA